GUUAGGCUUCUAUGCAUGCAUACAAGUCCUUUGGUUGAUCUUCCCUUCUAUUGAGGAGGAGAGGUGAGGUAGGAUUGAGGUGGAGGUGCCCAGCUGAUCUUCAUUAAUAUCUGGUCAGUUGCUAAUUUUAGGAAGUGGUUCAUUAGUAUUUGGGAAGUAUGGUCAAGAAUUUCUUCAUUCGCCUUUUCCCCCACUGGAAAGACCCUGUUGAAAUGACAUGCCUGUACUUAGUUUCCCAAGUAGUCAGAAUUCUGCUGCUACUAAUAGUUAUUAGUGGAGCAUUUAUUGCCAGGAGAAAGAACAGAGGCAAUAUUACGUAUUAGUUAAGAGUUGAGCCCUGGUAUCGAACUCCUGGGUUUAAGUCCUCACUGUAUCAUUUACAAGCUUUGCGAAUUUGAGUAAGUCACUUAACCUUUAGGGGCCUCAGUGUUUUCAUCUAAAAAAUGUGCAUAGUGAGUGCUCCAUCCAUGUUAGCUGCUGUUAACACCAUUGUUAUUGUUAAUGAUUUUGUUAGCUGACCAAUGACUGGGACCAGUGCAAGGCCCCUUUCUGGGUCUUUCUCAAGUAUGAUGAGUGAGAUGACCAAAUAGCUUCAUGCUAUGAGACGCUUCCCAUCUCUAACUUCAGUUUUUCUCUCUGGCAGCAGCUUCCCAGUGAGUACUGAUGACUUCAGUUCAUUUUUUCUCUUGCAUAUUUUUUUCUGGGUCACUACCUGUGAAAUCAAGGUUUUCUGGCUUAACAUUGAGAAUAGAUAAACCUUAAUCGAUUAUUUUCCAUUACCAUGGACCAUUAGCUAAGAGAUCUGAUCUAUCACAAAUGGAAGAAUUUGUUCCAACAUUCUUGAAAUCUCCCUGCCAGGACAAUGUUUAAUAUAAAUAUUUUAUUGUUGGUGAAGACAGUGCUGCAAAGGAGCAGAGAGUCACAGAGUUAUACUGCGAGAUUGAGGAGAAAAGGGCUGAAGAGGAAAGCCUGAGGUGGGCAUUUGCAGAGCAGCUCAGCUGUUGAAAGUUGGUAUUAACACCCAACUUCUCAGAAGCUUUUCCUCAGCCGAGGGGGCUUGGUGGGGCACUGGCUUGAGAGUGUUGCUUAGCAAUGAGAUGUCAGAGUCAAGCAACCCAUCCCCUGCUUCGCCUCCACCAGCCCUCAGCUGCCACCCUGAGGCUCCUAUUAGACAAUCAAGUGUGCUGGGAGGGAGGGACCAGAGAGAGGGGGCAAAGUUUAGUCAUUGAACAAAGCAGCCUGGAAGUAUUUAAUCUGUAGACCCAGUUCCCCAGCGCCUCCAGCCCGAACUGGAAGCGGGCAGCACUCUGGAGACCAGCGAGUCAACUGCACAGAAGUCUCUGACCACCUCAGGAGAAACCACACUUGGGGAAAAUGUUUGCGGUGCACUUGAUGGCGUUUUACUUCAGCAAGCUGAAGGAGGAUCAGAUCAAAAAGGUGGACAGGUUCCUGUAUCACAUGCGGCUCUCCGACGAGACCCUUCUGGACAUCAUGGCGCGGUUCCAGGCUGAGAUGCAGAGGGGCCUGGGGAAGGACACCAACCCCACAGCCUCCGUGAAGAUGCUGCCCACCUUUGUCAGGGCCAUUCCGGACAGAUCAGAAAAUGGGGAGUUUCUUUCCCUGGAUCUUGGAGGAUCUAAGUUUCGAGUGUUGAAGGUGCAAGUCUCUGAAGAGGGGAAACAAAAGGUCCAGAUGGAGAGUCAGUUCUACCCAACACCCAAUGAAAUUAUCCGCGGGAACGGCGCGGAGCUGUUUGAAUACGUGGCUGACUGUCUGGCAGAUUUCAUGAAGACCAAAGGGCUGAUGCAUAAGAAAUUGCCCUUGGGCAUGACCUUCUCUUUUCCCUGCUGGCAGACUAAAUUGGAAGAGGGUGUCCUGCUUUCAUGGACCAAGAAGUUUAAGGCCCGGGGAGUUCAGGACACAGAUGUAGUGAGCCGUCUAACCAAGGCCAUGAAAAACCACAAGGACAUCGAUGUGGAUAUCCUGGCCUUGGUCAAUGACACCGUGGGAACCAUGAUGACCUGUGCCUAUGAUGACCCCUCCUGUGAAGUUGGAGUCAUCAUUGGCACCGGCACCAACGCAUGCUACAUGGAGGACAUGAGCAACAUCGACCUGGUGGAAGGCGACGAGGGGAGGAUGUGCAUCAACACCGAGUGGGGGGCCUUUGGGGACGACGGGGCCCUGGAAGACAUCCGCACGGAGUUCGACCGGGAUCUGGACCUCGGCUCUCUCAACCCGGGGAAGCAGCUGUUUGAGAAGAUGAUCAGCGGCCUGUACCUCGGCGAACUCGUCAGGCUCAUCUUGGUGAAGAUGACCAAGGCAGGCCUCCUGUUUGGCGGCAAGAAGUCCUCCAGUCUCCACACUAAGGGCAAGAUUGAAACACGGCACGUGGCUGCCAUGGAGAAGUAUAAAGAAGGCCUUGCCAACACACGAGAGAUCCUCACGAACCUGGGCCUGGAGCCUUCGGAGGCCGACUGCAUUGCGGUCCAGCACGUCUGCACCAUCGUCUCCUUCCGCUCGGCCAAUCUCUGUGCGGCGGCCCUGGCGGCCAUCCUGACUCGCCUCCGGGAGAAUAAGAAGCUGGCGCGGCUCCGGACCACAGUGGGCGUCGACGGCACCGUCUACAAGAUACACCCUCAAUACCCCAAACGCCUGCACAAGGUGGUGAGGAGACUGGUCCCGAACUGUGACGUCCGCUUCUUCCUGUCGGAGAGUGGCAGCACCAAGGGGGCAGCCAUGGUGACGGCGGUGGCUGCCCGCGUGCAGGCCCAGCGGAAGCAGGUGGACCAGGUGCUGGCUCUGUUCCGACUGACCCGGGAGCAGCUCGUGGGCGUGCGGGACAAGAUGCGGGCUGAGCUCGAGUAUGGGCUGAAGAGGGACACCCACCUGCUGGCCACCGUCAAGAUGCUGCCCAGCUACGUCUGCGGGAUGCCGGAUGGCACAGAGAGAGGAAAUUUCCUUGCCCUGGAUCUGGGGGGAACCAACUUCCGCGUCCUCCUGGUGAAGAUCAGAAGCGGCCGGAGGUCAGUGCGAAUGUACAACAAGAUCUUCGCCAUCCCUCUGGAGAUCAUGCAGGGCACCGGCGAGGAGCUGUUUGACCACAUCGUGCAGUGCAUCUCUGACUUCUUGGACUACAUGGGCCUCAAGGGAGUCCCGCUGCCUUUGGGCUUCACAUUCUCAUUUCCCUGCAGGCAGACAGGCAUCGAUAAGGGGAUACUCAUUGAGUGGACCAAAGGCUUUAAGGCGACUGACUGUGAAGGGGAAGACAUGGUGGAUAUGCUCAGGGAAGCCAUCAAGAGGAGAAACGAGUUUGACCUGGACAUAGUUGCAGUUGUGAAUGACACAGUGGGGACCAUGAUGACCUGUGGCUAUGAAGAUCCUAAUUGUGAGAUUGGCCUGAUUGCGGGAACGGGCAGCAAUAUGUGCUACAUGGAGGAGAUGAGGAACAUAGAGGUGGUGGAAGGGGACGAAGGGAAGAUGUGCAUUAACACAGAGUGGGGAGGAUUUGGAGAUAAUGGCUGCAUAGAUGACAUCCGGACCCAAUAUGACAAGGAGGUGGAUGAGGGGUCCCUGAAUCCCGGCAAACAAAGAUACGAGAAAAUGACCAGCGGGAUGUACCUGGGGGAGAUUGUGCGGCAGAUCCUGAUUGACCUGACCAAGCAGGGCCUCCUCUUCCGGGGGCAGAUUUCAGAGCGUCUCCGCACCAGGGGCAUCUUUGAAACCAAAUUCCUGUCCCAGAUUGAAAGUGAUCGGCUGGCCCUCCUCCAGGUGAGGAGGAUCCUGCAGCAGCUUGGCUUGGACAGCACGUGCGAGGACAGCAUCGUGGUGAAGGAGGUGUGUGGAGCUGUGUCCCGUCGGGCGGCCCAGCUCUGUGGUGCAGGCAUGGCUGCCAUCGUGGAGAAGAGGAGGGAAGACCAGGGGCUGGAGCACCUGAAGAUCACUGUGGGCGUGGACGGCACCCUGUACAAGCUGCACCCUCACUUUUCUUGGAUAUUGCAGGAAACGGUGAAAGAACUAGCCCCUAAAUGUGAUGUGACGUUCAUGCUGUCAGAAGAUGGGAGUGGGAAGGGAGCAGCUCUGAUCACUGCUGUGGCCAAGAGGCUGCAGCAGGCACAGAAGGAGAACUAGGACGGCCUCGCGGCGGGGCCCAAUGUGCCUUAGAUGCUGACAAGCCUUUCCUCUGGCCGAUGACUUGAUCAGGGACCAACAGGCAAGCUUCUGGCUGUCUUCGCCUUCGGGAUGGCUGAAAGAGAACCCCAGUUUCUCGGGCAUUCUUAGCAUUUUGUUACUGGUUUUCAAGGGGAGUACAUGAAAGCUCUAUUUGGCAUAUUUGGGUCCAAGAUGGGCCAACUUGUAAACUCAAAGCACGUGGCUGGAGAGAUCCCCUUUCAGCAAAAUUUUCAGUUGAGGCCUGGCCUGUCAGUUCUCUAUGGCUUUGGGUCUUGUGGCUGCUGGAUUUAACAGCGUAUACAUGAUCUGCCAUGUGACCUGGCUGGCUGAGCUCCCACUGGCAUGCUUCGGCCAUCGCUGUAGUAGACUGAGCCCUCUACUUGAUCUCAUCUAACUUGUCCUUAACUUGUCAUGUUGACUCCAAAGACUUUAGAGUUCAGGCCCAGGAUGAAGGAGGGUUGAUUGCCAGGGAGCCUGUAGGAACCUUUUUUAUGCUCACCAGGAGUGAUGUCAGCACCGUGUAGGAUUUUCUCAAUACCCAUGUAUCCCUGGGAAGGGUGUCAUUGGCGGGACCUGUUUUUCAUUUUACAUGUGGUUUGUGUUGCUAUUGUUAAUACUUGUUUUAAGAACUAUUGGGUAUAUGAAAUCCAGUAAAUUAAUAAAAGAUAUUUAUUUCCCAAGAA